UUUUACAUUAUUCCAAUAUUUCUUUAAAAUUGCUUAUUUUGCCCUUAAAAAAAACCUGAUUGAAACUUUUUCUUAAUGGCGGCAAGGCUUGCUUCUCUUCCAUAAAAACGUUUCCUUAUUGGCAGAUUAAAUCAUUUGGCCUAUUCAGCUGAUUUUAUGCAUAGUAACCCAAGAAAGAGGUAUGUACUUGGUGUGCAAUGUUUCCCAUCUCUCUUGGCUCUUGGUACAUUUUUCCAUGCCUACCUAUACACCUAGGAUCUUAUUACAGAGGAAUGGGGCAACAAAAAAGGGCAAACAAGCCCCCGACUCCAUUCUGCUGCAUCGUCAGGAAACAUAAAGGUACAAUGCAGUUGUCCAAGUUGUAACCUGCAAGCCUCAUGGAAGAAGUGACUUCCUCAGCAUUAGGAUAGCAAAAGUUCUGCUUUUGUAAGGAUAGUCACAGUGACGUCCUCCCCCAUUCCUCGGUUGCUAGUGCCACCAAGUGAUUGUUUUCAUACAGAGAUGAAAACAAACUUACUGUUAGUGUAUUCUGCAUGCCAGUGAUUUCAGCAGUUCUGAGGAAUUCUUUCAAUAAAGUAUUGCCUUCCUUCAGGAUCUGUUUUGUUCUGGCCUCUUCUUCCAGAGUCGAAAAGCCUCUGCACUCUGAUCAUUUGGAAAAUUUGGUACCUGUACACACACUGGUAGAUUUGCCUGAUCUGUCUGCUCAUAACAUACGGCACUGUCAAAAUUUCAUCUGGACUGUGUUGGCACAGUGGCUCGAGUCCAGCUGGCUGUUAGGCUUCCUUUAAUCAUACAUAGUGGCUAUGUUCUUAACGAACAAGGCAACAAACUGGCAUAGCUGGUUUUCCGUUGUCUCUUGGGCCGUUCUGUGCCUCUGCUUUUCAAGAAAAGAUUCACCAGUUCAGGCAGUAGAAAAGUGCCUUGUACCAUUGGGUCGCAAGAUGGUAGCACAGGUUGAGGAGCAGCAGGAGGGACGGGAGAGGAAUUCAGCCAGUGGGGAGCCUUGGAGGAGCUGGUGGGGUGCUAACGAUGCCACAGUCCCACCCACAUUCCAUGCCAUGUGUGUGUCAUUUGGUGGCAAGGGUGGGGUUAAAUUGCCAGACAUUAUAUCACUUCUUUCAACAGUAAAUCCACCCCUGUCAGCCUGGAAUGUAACUGCGUAAUGCUAAGUCAGCAGAGUUAAUGAAAACAGACAGCUGGCAUUCCACAUGAAAAAGUUGCUGGCAAAAAAUAGAUAGGUCCCCCCCCCCCCCCCCGCCCAAAAGCACAAAGCCACAGUGCCAUAGAGUGGGCUGACUGUUGUGUCAUUUUGUCCUUAAGCCAUCUUUAAGGAAUGCUACUAAUGGAUGCUUUUCUGCCUCUGCCCCCUUUGCAUCAAUGAGCUGUCUUCCAGGAUUAGAAGAAUCCUAGUCUGUCUGUCUUUUUUAAAUGCCUUCUUCAAGUUUACUGCUCUGGGCAAACUCGCUGACCAGAUCGAGCGGUUUCCCUUGGACACUAGUGUUUUGGGAGAAGCAGCGCUUUUUAUUGCCCCGGUGGCCUGGACCAUUGCUCCUUGAAGCAGGAAAGAAGAACUCUACCGACCUCUUUCUUCUAAAUGAAGCAGAUCUGCAGGAACAGUUUGUACGUGGCUUUGGACCUGGAGGCCAAGCGACGAAUAAAACCAACAACUGUGUGAUCCUGAAGCAUCUUCCCUCGGGGAUUGUAGUAAAGUGCCAUCAGACAAGAUCGAUGGAGCUGAACCGCAAAAGAGCCAGAGAGAUCCUCCAGGAGAAAGUUGACAUUUUCUACAAAGGCGAAGACAGUGAGGUGGUGAAGGAGAAACGGGCACUGGUGAAGAAAAAAGAGGAGAAGAGAAGGCAAGCAAAGGAGAACCUUGAAAGGAAAAGACACUUAAAAGAAAUGCAAAGAUUGGAUGGCAAAUAAGGAUUUAGGUCGUUUUAGUCUGUAGAUGGUGGGGGAAGUAUCGAUUUCCAGGUGUUUUUCCUGACACUUUCUUAGUUGUCAUUUUGAAAAUACUUACUUGGGAUCGAAAGACGAGUGUUGCAGUUGACAGCUGUUAAACAAUGAUAGACUGCCAUAAUGUUCGGCACCAAAGAACUACAGAACAUUUACAAAGCCAGGAUUUCCACAGCCUCUGCCUUGCCAAACUGAUGUCUUUUCCUCCCUCCCUUCCUUCCUUCCUUCCUUCCUUCCUUCCUUCUUCUUGUGCCUCACAGUGGAACCAAUAAAUCUGCCUUGCUUCCCUUUCAAAUUGUUCCUGCAUCAAAAUAGGUGUUUUUGCCCAGUGCAAGCUGAAUCUCUGCAGAGCACUGUAGGUAGUCUUUCCUUCCAGGAAUCGCGGUAUCAUUGCACUGCAGCAGCUGCUUUUUUCCAGAAGGCUGGAGUCCCACAGGCGAGACGGGCAUGAAGUGGGCACGCACGCACAGGUGCCAAGAGCAAACGUAUGACUCCCCAGCUGAGUUGCUCAUAAGCGUGUCAGGCCAGCAUCUCGGGCUUUAUUUACAGAAGGGCUGGGCAGCGUAUUGCCCUCUGGACGUUUUGGCCUGUGGCUCAUCCUCCCUCCACAACAGCUAGGCUGGGUUCCGUAGCUCUUUGCCUCCUGCAGGCAGGCAUCAUGGCAGUCUUUUUCUUCCGAGAAUGGCAGGCGUCUUUUGCGAUUUUCAAAAGGCUCACGGUCAGGUGAUAUCAUUCAGAAUGAACCACCUGAAAGUUGUCCUUACACUUACAUUGAAGUUGCAGACCGAAACAUCUUGUGGGCCACAAAUUGCCCAUGCCUGCUUCCUGUGGUAAGUUGGAAUGUUGCAUUACCUCACUAGCGCUGUAACUUGAAGAGGCAGUAUCGUCCUCUAGCUUAGCUGCAUGGCUGCUACCCUGCCAACUAGCUGGAUUCUCCUUUUGUCAAGUUGCCAUGGCACGCAGGAUCCCUGCCACUUCAGAGAGUCUGUAGCACCUGUACAGAAAUUGUUGUAAAGGUUUUGGUUCCUACUCAGGAUUGUGGGCUCCAAGCUGUUCCCUUUAUGUUGGUGUAGCUGGAGGCUAGGCAAAGCUGUUCCUGCUUCCCCGAGGCUUUCCUUUUGUGAGUUAUGUACACUCUGCCCAGGGAGACACCUUCAGUGCAACUGACCAGCAGAUGAGCUGGGAAAGGAGAUACAUAACAGCAGUUUUGAAAACAUGCUACCUACGCUUGAAGUUUGAAUCUUGGGAGGCCAAGAGUCCUCAGAAUGGAUUGAUCGUUCUGAUACUCAGUUCAGCAUUUCUUAUUUUCAUCGUUUAACCUUCAGUCGCACCAGGUCAGACUGGACCUCUUGUGGGAUCCCGCAUAUGUACCAAUGAUUGCGUCCUCGAGUGUUGUUUUUGCGUUACUGGACCUCCAUCUCUUGACAAGAUGAAUUGUUCUGAAAAUAAGCUUUAUUACAUCACGUAAUAAAUACAUACAAAGAUGAAAA